AUGGCGCCAAUUAUCCAGGCCCCGGCCAUCCCGCCGACCAUGCGCGCCUGGGUGCGCCCUCGACGCGGCCCCGCGUCAAAGGAGCUGAAGCUGGACCCCGGGUUCCCCACGCCGGCCGUGCCAACGGGAUCUUCGCCCGACGUGCUGAUCCGCGUGUCGCACGUGUCGCUGCAGUUCAGUUCCGAGCUUCUAAUGAAAGUUCUGCCCCAACUGCCCUUCACCAGCCCACGGAUCCCGGAGCUCGAGCUGUCUGGCGAGGUGGUUGCGGCCGGCGAGGGCGUGCCGCCUGAGGUGCGCGACCCGGGCACGCACGUCGUCGCCUUUCAGAGCAUCCCCGCCAUGGCCAUGGGCUACGGUGUGCUGGCGGAAUACGUGCGGUUGCCUGGCAGCCAGGUCGCGCGCAUCGACGCCGCGGUUGACAAGGCGUCGGCCUCGGGCUUGAACGGCGCGGGGAGCACCGCGCUCAAGAUGAUCCGCACGGCGGGCGUGCGCGAGGGCCAUACAGUGCUUGUGAAUGGGGCCAGCGGGUCGGUCGGCUCGGUGCUCGUGCAGCUGUGCAAACUGCGCGGCGCUAAGGUUGUCGGCGUGGCUAGCGGUGGCAACGAGGCUAUGGUGCGCAGCCUAGGCGUAGACGAGUUCAUAGACUACCAGAAGGAAGACCCCCUGCCGGCCUACCUAGCGCAGCAGUACAGCGACAAGCCGUUUGACUUUGUGCUCGACUGCGUCGGCUCGCAAGCGCUCUUUGUCAACUCGCCGGCCUACCUUAAGGCCGAGGGCGCCGUGGUCAACAUUGGCGCGCUCGAGGGCGCCCUUGUGACGGUGCGCAACGCGCUAUUUAACUUUUGGCUACCCACCUGGCUAGGCGGCGUGCCGCGCCGCUAUAUCAUGUUUAGUACGCCGCCGGCGCGCGACGACGCUGUUUACCUAGCACGCCUAAUCGAAGAGGGCCACGUACAUAUCCCCGUCGACUCCGUCUUCGACAUGGAGGAUGCCGUUCGUGCCUACGAACGCAUCGCCACCAAGCGCGCCCGCGGCAAGGUCGUAGUCAAAGUGCGCAGCGACUAG